UGACAUUUACAAGUUCUGUUUCCGGCCUUUUCUCUCAACCUCCGUUGCAAUCAUGGCGGUGAACAACAUUUCCAAAAAGCGAAAAUUCGUCGGCGACGGAGUUUUCAAGGCGGAACUGAACGAGUUCCUGACCCGGGAGUUGGCCGAAGAUGGCUACUCCGGCGUGGAGGUGCGCGUCACGCCCACCAAGUCCGAGAUCAUCAUCAUGGCUACCAGGACACAGAGCGUGCUGGGUGAGAAGGGGCGCAGGAUCCGCGAGCUGACGUCUGUCGUGCAGAAGCGAUUCAACAUCCCCGAGCAGUCGGUGGAGCUUUACGCGGAGAAGGUCGCCACCCGCGGUCUCUGCGCCAUCGCACAGGCUGAAUCUUUGAGAUACAAGCUCAUUGGAGGUCUUGCUGUCCGUCGUGCUUGCUAUGGUGUUCUCCGAUUCAUCAUGGAGUCUGGAGCCCGUGGUUGCGAGGUUGUCGUUUCUGGCAAGCUGAGAGGUCAGCGUGCCAAGUCCAUGAAGUUUGUUGACGGUCUGAUGAUCCAUUCUGGAGACCCAUGCAAUGACUACGUCAACACCGCCACUAGACACGUACUGCUGAGGCAAGGAGUGCUUGGUAUCAAGGUCAAAAUCAUGUUGCCUUGGGACCAACAAGGCAAGAACGGCCCCAAGAAGCCACAGCCAGAUCACAUCCUGGUGACGGAACCAAAAGACGAGCCUGUGCCGCUGGAGCCCACCAGCGACGUGCGCUCGCUGCCGCCAGCGCCCAUCCCGCCGCCGGUCGCCGCCGUCGCUUAGGACAUAAGCUAAAUAAUUAAAAAAAAACUGAAAAGUC